AUGCCGGGACACGUGAAUUUGGCGCGGUGCCGUGAAGUGUUACAGAUUAAUGAUGAAGAGAGAUCGGCAGGAGAAAGCCGGCACAGGUCGCCUCUGCCCGCGGCCCUGUCAUCUCACCUGGCUUUUAUGUCACAGCCGGUGGGCAGCAGAAGCCAUUUCUAUGCUCCGCUUCUCCAGGGGUGGACAGAUGAUGGCUUUUUUAAUCAAAGGCGGCUAAGACAGCGGGAGGAUUGGAAGCUGGCGCCGGGGAUCGCACUUAUGGCCACGCCACGCCCUGAUGCUUUCACAGGAUAUCACCGCGGGAUGAACUGUGACCCGGGAGCAGCGGUGUGA